AUGGCUGAUUCCGCCCCGGCCGUCAACGGAGCCUCUCUCUACGAAACAACAAAGUCCAGUGGGUUUCCCUGUCCCAACCCGAUCCGCGAUCGAAACCACGCCGCCGCUGCGUACAACACUGUCACUAACGGCCCCGUCGCUCAGAACGUCAUGGAUCACACACAGAAGACCUCCAACGAGUUCUCCAACCUGGCCGCUGCUCGUCGCACGCCGGCUAACCCUGCUGCCACCGGCCAGCCUCUCACCCACUACCACUCUUUCUUCUCCGAGCUCCUGUCAUGGAACAACCCUCGUGCCUCUGCUAUCGCCUACGUCACCAUCGUCGCUCUCAUCUUCUCGGCUAGAUACCUCGAUAUCCUUCGAUGGGGCUUCAAGCUCUCUUGGAUGGUCCUGGGUGUGACCGUUCUCGCCGAGGUUGUUGGCAAGACCGUCCUCAACCACGGCCUGGCCACCCAUCUUCGACCCCGCCGAUACUACACUGUUCCCCGCGACACUCUCGACACCCUUAUCGGGGAUGUCCACGAGCUGAUCAACUUCUUUGUCAUUGAGGCUCAGCGCAUCCUCUUCGCCGAGAACAUUGGCGCUUCUUGCGCCGCUUGGGUUGCCGCCUUCAUCUCCUAUUUCCUCGUCAAGCUCGUCCCCUACUGGGGUCUUGCCGUCAUCGGCACCACCGUCGUCUUCUUUGUUCCCCUGGUCUACACCAGCAACCAGGAGCUUAUCGAUGCGCAAAUCCAGAACGCCUCCGACCUGAUUAACUCCCAGACCGCCCAGGUCAAGGAUGUUGCCCAGAAGCAGCUCGACCAGGUCUCCGCUCUCGGCAAGCAGUAUGCUGGCGACUACACCGGCAAGGUCCAGGCUCUUCUGUCUGGCAAGACUCCCUCGCGCCAGGUCAUCAUCAAGCCUGCGCCCGAGUUUCCCAACCCUCCCACUGAGGACCCCGCCCAGGCCGAGGAGGUCGACUUCCCCGAGGUCCCCAAGGAGGACCCCGUCAACGAGAAGGUCCCCGUCUCUACUGCCUAA